UACGCAAUGAAACCGUCCUAGUCGCAAGCCGACAGCCGCAUCAACUCGCGCCUCCAUUCUGUCCACGGUAGCAAUCCUCGAGUGUUCUCUCUCAUGGCGUCUGCUUUGUGCAGGAGGGCUCUUCUGCGCGCUUGCGGAGGGAAGCCGCCUCGUUUCUUGAGCCCCUCGAGGCGGUUCUCCGGAGAGGCGCCGCGGAGGUUCGCCGCUCUCUGGGGGAACGGGGACUACGGGAGGUUAGGGCUCGGCGGGUUGGAGUCCCGAUGGAAGCCCACGGUUUGUCCCUUCUUCGAUGAUGAUCCCCCGGUGUCGAUCGCCUGUGGCGGCGCGCACACCCUCUUCUUGACUGAAUGUGGUCGUGUUUAUGCUUCUGGACUGAACAACUUUGGGCAGUUAGGCAGAUCAUCUGCAACACCUUUUGCACUAGAGCCAGCUGAAGUUUCUGGAUUACCUGAGAACAUUAGACAAAUUUCAGCUGGCUACCAUCAUUCGGCUGCUGUUACUGCGGAUGGAGAACUUUUCAUUUGGGGCAACAAUUCAAGUGGGCAGCUUGGUCUUGGAAAAAGUACAAAGAGCAUAGUUUAUCUCCCUACAAGAGUUGAUUUCUUGGUUGGGAUCAACAUUAAGAUGGUUGCACUGGGUUCAGAGCACUCAAUUGCUAUAACAGAUGUUGGUGAUGCCUUAAGUUGGGGAGCAGGUGAUUCUGGUAGACUUGGUCAUGGUCAUAAGUCUAGCCUAUUUGGCUUCUCUGUGAGCUCAAGUGAAUAUACUCCAAGGCUAAUCAAAAGCUUGGAAGGCGUCAAGAUCAAGACAGUUGCUGCAGGAAUGUUGCAUUCAGCUUGCAUUGAUGAAAAAGGCUCUGUCUUCAUAUUUGGUGAAAGGUCCACAAAUAAGCUGGAGAUUGGAGAAGGAAAGAACAUCCGGACUCCAACUGUUGUUCAGGAAAUCCCAGAUUCUGAAGAAGUUGCCUGUGGUGGUUACCAUACUUGCAUUGUGACAAGUGGAGGAGAGUUAUACACAUGGGGUUCAAAUGAGAAUGGUUGCCUCGGCCUAGGAUGCACAGAGAUGAUCCGCAAUCCAGAAAUUGUUCAAAGCUCUUUUCUUAAGUCUCCUAUAUCUAAGGUAGCUUGUGGUUGGAAGCAUACAGCUGUGAUUUCUGGUGGCAACAUCUUUACCUGGGGCUGGGGAGGUGCUAAUGGAACAUUUUUCGAGGAUGGCCAUUCUUCUGGAGGACAACUUGGCCACGGAGACGACAACGACUGCAAUGUGCCCAAGAUGGUAAACUUCGACCAGCGAGUGAAGGCUUUGCAAGUAUCUUGCGGUUUCAACCAUACCGGCGGUAUAUUCGAGUACGAUUAAAUCAAAGCAGGGCUAUCUGGGUGCUUGUGAUAUGUUUGUUCUUUUACCCAUACGUGAGCUGCCAAGCUUCACAUGAUAAUGUUGUAGUUCAUUUUUUUCUCCUUUGCUCUCUUGCAAAACUGCAGGUGUGUAUGUCAUACAAUUAAACACGAUAACGAAUAAAGGAAGGCUUCUUUCGUUUACUUA